AUGCAAUCCACUGCUUAAACUAGCGCAACUAGCACUCAGAAUGUGUAGUAUGACCCAGCAGAACUCCUGAAUAGCCGCUACAAAAAAGUUAAAAGACUAGGAGAAGGUUCAUAUGGUACUGUAUUCCUAGCGAUAGACACCAAACCUAAGGGUAUAAAGAGGAAAAUUGAUCAGAAAUAUCUGCAGCUCUUGGACAAAGUAGAAGAUCCAUAGAAAGAUGAAUUUGAUAAAGCAAAUAAAGUAGUGUCUGCUGGUUAGAUAAGAGAUGCCAGUGGAGAUGUGAUUAUGGUCGAGGAGCAGAAAGAGGCAUUGAAGAUACUAGAGAAUAAAUCACUUAUUUUCAACUAAAAUGAGGUUUUUGUUGGAGGAUAGAAUGAAAAUGAUUAAGUUUAGUCAAAUUCUGAUACCAAACUAGAGAAUCAAUCUUCUACUGAAAAGCAACCUACUGAAUUUUUAGUGGCUAUAAAGAAAUUUAAGCUAAACAGUUUCAAUGAUCGUAAAGGCAUCCCUUUCACAGCACUAAGAGAAAUAAAGAUCCUUCAGGAACUAAAUCACCCAAAUAUCAUUGGACUGUAUGAUGUCUUUUACCUUUAGAAGAUCAUCUUCCUAGCACUUGAGUAUAUGCCUCAUGAAUUCACUGCACUUAUCAGAGAUCAGACCAUUCUACUUAAGGAGGAACACAUUAAAAACAUAAUGCACUAGAUUUUAUCAGCAGUUGACUAUUUGCACCAGAACUUUGUUAUGCAUAGAGAUUUGACUCCUGGCAACUUACUCUUGGGGGCUGAUGGAACCAUUAAGCUUGCUGAUUUUGGUCUGGCUAAGAUGUAUGGUACCCCAGAGAGAAAGCAUUCAGCUGGAGUCUGCACUAGGGAAUACAGAGCACCAGAAGUUUUGUUUGGAGCCUCUUACUAUGGACCUAUGGUUGAUAUCUGGUCUGUGGGCUGCAUCUUAGGAGAGCUACUGAUUAGGGUUCCUCUCUUCCCAGGAAGAACAGAUAUUGAUUAGCUUGGAAAGAUCUUUACUCUGAGAGGGUCAGCAAAUAAUGAGAACUGGCAAGGAGUUGAAGAGCUUCCUAACUAUCUUGAAUUUACAAUCAAGGAUAUAAAGCCGCUUAAUGAAGUAUUCCCAUUUGCUAGUGAAUAGUGCUUAGAUCUUCUAGAUAAACUUAUCUAACUCGAUCCAUCCAAGAGACCCACAGCUAGAGAGGCACUUGAGCAUCCCUUCUUCACAACUGAAUUACCAAGAGCUUGUCUCAACAGUGAACUACCAUUACCUCAGCAAAAGAAAUGA